AUGUCGUUAUUAUCAGCACACCUGGAGCAGAUCUCCAUCUCCUGCCAAGGGAUCGACAGUCUCCCCUUCCCCCCUCCCAAAAUCUUCACCAACGCUCUUCUCUCCAAUCCCGACAUCACCUCUCUAAUCCGUGACACCGAAGCCCACGAGCGCGCCCUCUUCUCUGUCCCACCUCCCCCACCCCGCCAAACCACUCUUACUGCUGAACAACAACAACAACAGAAGCCUUCCAAUCGCCGGCAAACAGUCUUCAAUGUCACCGGCGGCGAGAUCAGGACAGGUGGCGUAGGCAGCGCAUCAACCGCCCGCCGUAACACGGCGGUGGCGGCCGUGCUGGGCGGCGACCUGCACGCGCAGAUCAUGCGGGGGACUCGAGCCAGGCCGGGACAGCAGCCUGGGUCUGGGGAUAUAGAUAUGGAGGUGCUGUUGAGAGGGGUUGAGAAGUUGUGCGCUGUAUACCCGCUGCCGGGGGCGUUGGAGAGGGUUCCGGUGAUCAGGCAGAAGUGGCAGGCGCAGAGUAAUACGUUGGCGUACUAUGAGGCGAAGAUUGCUGAACAGCAGGAGAUGUUGGAUCGGAUUGCGCAGGAGAGGAUGAUGAAUGAUGGCGAUGGGGAUGUGGAGAUGGAGGAUGUAGAAGAGGUUGGGAUGACGGAGGAGGAUUUGAGGAGGGAGGAGGAGGAGGUAAGGGAGUUGGAUAAAAGGAAGAGGGAUUUGCAGGCAAGGUUGAGGGCUUUGGACGCUGAUCUGGGAGGGCUGUUGAAUGUCUAG